AUGAGAUGCCAUGAGAUCUCUGAAGGCGGGGACAAUCUUAGUGUUGGACAAAAACAGUUGAUUUGUUUAGCCAGAGCUUUGUUGAGAAGGACUAAGAUCUUGGUGUUGGACGAGGCGACCGCUGCGGUUGAUAUGGAAACGGAUGACUUAAUCCAAGAGACGAUUAGAAAUGAGUUUUGUUUGUCAACUGUUGUUACGAUCGCUCAUCGAUUGAAUACAAUCAUAGAUUACAACAAAGUGUUGGUAAUGGAUAAGGGAAUGGUAGCCGAGUUUGAUUCACCCCAUCAUCUCUUGUCCAACACUAACUCUCUUCUAUUCAAUGGCCAAAAAAGCAAAUCUGGUCUAAAUUUACCUUGGCACUAG